AUGCUCGAAGAGCUGCAAGGAUCGGGUCACCGCGCCUUCGAGCUUCGAUCAUAUAGAGCCCUUCACACACCUGCCGAACCAAGACAUGAUGCACGAUGCGUCAUCGAAGCCCGGCACAGUCCAAAUCCCCCGCGUCCGAUAUCGACGAUGGCCAUCUCGAUGACGUCGAAGAGCCCCCGGGGUGGCGAGGGGGUAGGGCAUGAUAAGUUCCUAUCAAGACCAUCACGCAACGCGCACACGCAAGCGCCCACAGUCCCUGACCCGCGCAUCCUCGAGGUUCGCGCCAUCCACAUGUCCGAUCGCAUCAGCUUCUUGGCUUCCUGGGAUGGCGAUGGCGCAGAUUGCCGGGCCCCGUCGGUCCUUGUUGGGCCCUGCGCCGCGCUCGGCGGUCCCUGGGGUGCAUCUCCAGCUACGGCGGGGCAGGAGCGGGGAGCGUGCGGAUGCGAGCGAGCAGCAUCGCCCACGACGCAAGAUGUCACGACGCGUCGCGCGCGACGUUCUGCAGCCUUCCCUGGCGUUCUUCCUGCGCAUGACGCCAUCGCCGCCGGGCGAGCACGUCACAAGAAGGGGAUGGACGGUGGAUGGCGCCCUAUGGAGCCCAAGCUCGGACGAAGUGCGAGUCGAAGUCGAAGGGCUUCUGUCUCGCCUGGCCGUGGCCGCCUGCCUCCGCCAACGCUCUCCCCUCGCUUGCACUCGCACACUCGCACGCCGCACGCGACUGGAGAGGACCCCGCCGAUCGCGGGUUCGCGGAUUCGCAAACCCACCCUCGCUUCGACGCCCGUCCGCCCGUCCGCCGCGCCAUAUCUCGACAGCUCGUGCGAGCGCUUAUCUUCCGACGACGACGACGACGCGCGCGCGCGCUCGGGACCCCGGGCAUAGAUGCGCGCUUAGCGCUUAACUCCUGCUCAUGCCCGCCUAUUCCCGCUUACGCUUACCCUUCUAAUUACACAACAACGGCUCCAAGCUGGCGCUUGGGUGCCUGUGGCCCCCAUCAGUUCGGUGAUGCGACGCGACCCGGGCUUCUGAUCGGGGCGCGCGAAAUCGGGCGGGCUGCGAGUCGUGUCGGGGAGCCUGGCGAGGGGCAGUUGGGGACCGAGUGCGUUGGUCGGCGCGAGGGAGGAGGGAGCGAGGAAGGGAGGAUCUGGGUGGAUAUGGCACGGAGGAUUCGGGAGGGUUGGGGCCUGGGAUCAGCCGCGAGACGCGCGCUGGCUUCUUUGUUCGGUGCGGUGCGGGACGCGUUAUCGCAGACACGAUGCGCGACGGAAAUCGACGUCGAUGCGAAUAAGACAGUCGACGGGCGUGACACGCAUAUCAACGGUUGCGAUCGGCGCAAUGGCCGGAGCGUCGGGCGACGGUCGCAAGGCGGAGAGAUGGAGACGUGGGGACGCGGGGGACAUCGGGGAGGCAUCACAGCACGGACGGACCGCCUUGGCGCGAGCCGGCGGUCGCAUCCGCCUGAUCUCGACGACGAAAACGGGGAUCCGACUCCAGCUCUAGCAAGUCAGGAAGAUCGUCGGAGGGGCCGCAGGGACGCGCAGGCGCGCAGGCGUAUCCUUUAUGGCGUUUCAGCUGUCACGAUGCAGCGCCCAAGGACGAGGACAGAUGACGAGCGUGCAGUAUCUGGCGUGUCCCGUGCGUGCGUCUGGCAGGGCGACCCUGAUGAUGGGCGUGCUAUAUUCGUUCGGGCACGCAUGUGGGAGUUGUGGUACUCGGACACGUCCUCGAGGGCCCGUGUGGCGUUAAGCGUACUUUGGCUGCCCGUUUUGACGGAGACACAUACACACACACGUACAUACAUACGAUGCGUGCUGCGUGGGCCGUGCCGCGCGGUGGGCGUAGGGCGGCGAGGCACGCGCACAGGACCUGGAGUUGGCGUGCGUGGCGCUGAGAUGCGGACGAGAUGCGGACGCGGGCGCGCGACAGUUGCUCGACUGGGAGGGCAAGGCGGUCCCUGGGGCGUGGACGGAGCUAAUUCCGGGAGUGCACAGGCGUGCAGGCUCUUUGCGCCGUGCGAGGCGCCGCUGGCGUCGGUCGAUCGUCGCACCCCCGCGUGGUACAGCAACAGCACCAGCUGUGAUAUGCGCGCUUUGCAUGACAAGCACGCGCCCAUGCUGGGACUCGCAAUCCGAGGCAUGUGCGCGUUAAUCGUCGACGCGGCGCCAACGCUCGCGGCGCCCACCCCACGGCCUCGCGCGACUGCGAUGCGUGCACUUGCUGGGGAUCCUGUCGCCGGGCUGCGCAGGACUGCGCAGCGGCCUGGCGAGCCCGUCGACGUCGAAGACAAGCUCUACGUGAGCAAGGGUCCUCACGCGCGGGCGCCAGAGCGGGAUCCAGGGCUCUCGGGGCCCUUUCUGAUGGAUCCCGGAGAGGCGCGCGUGUGGGUCUGCGUGGGUCCGCUGCACGAAAGCGGGGCCUCUUUGUUCGAUUUUGAUUCGGAGUGCUUCGAUCAGAAGCGGGUAGAGGGCGCGGUGAUCUUGGGCUUGGGCGAUGGCGCGCGGGGCCUGGACUGGGUCCAGCCUGGAGGCGGUGCGCGGUGCCAGGGCGUGAGAAUCCAAGCGGGAGUGUUGCGCGCACGCGGCGGAGAAUCGGAGGGGGAGAGAUCUGGCGGCGGGGGAUGGCGAUGCCGGAGGGGGAAUGGAAGAGUGCCGGGGACUGCCGGCAGAGGAGGGUGCCAAAAGGGGGAAACCGGACGAACGGUCGGUGCAGGGGACGAGAUAGGCGUCCUCCUUCUCCUCCUCCUCUCCCCCUCGUCCAAACACGCACCCGUCCCAUGGAGGAACUCACCGCGCGCGCCCUGGAGAGGGCACACCACGGAAUCUCUCUUUGCUCACCUUCUUUUCUUCCUCCCUCUGCCUGCCCCUCCCGCCCCACCGCCCUGUCACCGUCCUGUCGCCCACCGCCACCUUCCUGCCACCGCACACGACAACCGCGUCGUCCCUUCUCUGCUGCGCCCCCCGCCCCAUCCGCCUAUAUCCCGCCCCCUGGUCCACUGGUCUAACCACCUCCCUGAUCGCGCAACUUUAAUCCAACCCCGCGUCAUGCCAUCCUCGCCUGCCCGCGCGGCCCCUCCCUCGUUCAUCGACGGCAGAGAAUACGAGCUCAAUGUCCGCCAGCAGCCCAAGCAGGCCAGGAUGUGCGGUGUCGGCGGUACGCCCCUACGCUCUUCCUCUUCCGGCCUUGUAUCCCCGCUCAUCGUCAUAUCUUCAUCGCCAGCCGACCGUCGACCCAUCGACCCGCCGCCGAUCGUGCAGCUGCGCGUCAUCAAUCACGACAGGCGCAACAGAGGCUCGCCCUCGCCCUCGCCCCCGCCCCCGCCGCCCCAGCACCCGCAGGGCCAUACCCACGAGUCCCCGCUCGACGCGUCGAUGCUCACCCCCGCCGGGUUCGGGCAGACGUUCCUGCAGAAUCCAUACUAUUUUAUGUUCGCGAGCCUCGCUAAGCCGGACGACGACACGGAGUUGCAUUGGAUGAAGGAUGGAAAGACCCGCUGCACCACAGGCUCGGUCGUCUCCUCCCUCUACCAUCUCAAAGAUUCUGAGAACGAAAACCGCGACGCGGGCUUUUUCGUCUUCCCGGAUCUUAGCGUCCGCCAGGAGGGCAGCUACCGUCUCAAGCUGAGCCUGUUUGAGGUUGUAGGGUCAAAAGUCUAUCAUUGCAAGUCCAUUUUUUCUGCUCCUUUUUAUGUUUACACAGCGAAGAAGUUUCCGGGCAUGGAGGAAUCUACCCCACUCUCCUGCUCGUUAGCCGACCAGGGUAUAAAAAUACGUAUCCGAAAAGACAUUCGUCAGCGCAAACCGCGCGGCUCGGGGCCCCCUUUCCCCACCAUGCCCCUCCCACAUCCGCUUCCCCAGCCCGAGCCCAUCCCUGAUGACGAGGACGUCGAGCAAGACAGCGAGCCGGAGGAGGAUAAGGGUAGAAAGCGUAGCUCUGCCACCGUCGAACGCGACGACCGCGACCGCGAGCCCAAGCGCGCGCGCGUCGACCCAGACAGCUCCGGAGAGUGGAGCAUCGACCCCACCCUCGCGCCAGCUCCCCAGGUAUCUGCAUCAGCGUCCGCGCCGCCCACGUCGGCCGUGUCGACGGGCAGCUCGGGCUACGAUCAUCACCGCCCGACGCUGCAGGCCAUCCCGCCGCCGCCGCACCCACCCACGGCGGCUUCACACCACUACGCCCCACAUCACGCGUACGAGCCGCCGCCGCCACCGCCUCCACAGCACUCGCACCCGCAGACGCCGACGCAUCCGCCCCCUCCCCCUCCUCCCCCGCAGCACCACCAGCAGCACCAUUACUCGCAGCCGCCGCCUCCCCCGCCGCCGCACACCCUGCCGCCCCCGCACCACCAGCAGCCGGCGCACUCGAUCCCGCCUCCGCCUCCGCCGUACCCGCAUACGCACUCGCCGUACGCGCAAUGGGGUCCGCCGCCGUAUGA